CCUAUCUCAGAUACACCUGAAUCAUACAGCAAAGACUCCCUCAUUCAAAAUUUAGCUGCUGAGCUCAAGAGGUUAACCAACCGGGUCCAGGGUGUCGAAGAUAGCAAAGAUGUUGAACUCCCGGAGGGGUACAAGCCUCCCAAGUUCAAAAUGUUCGACGGUACAGGUGAUCACAAGGUCUAUCUCAGAAUGUAUUAUGAUAAGCUGGUAGGAGUCGAAAGGGACGAGAAAAUCCGCAUGAAGCUGUUCAUGAGGAGUUUGAAGGGUGAUGCUUUAUCAUGGUAUAUUAGCCAGGAUGCAAAGAAAUGGACUAGUUGGGUGAUCAUGGCGUCUAACUUUAUGGACCGGUUUAGGUUCAACACUGAGAACCUACCAGAUGAUCAGCAAUACUACGAGAGGCUGAUGCUAAUAGAGGGCCAAAAGUUCUCCAACAUCAUCAAGUUGGGAGAAAGGAUUGAAGAAGGCAUUAAAAACGGCAUGGUCACUAAUCUUGAAGCGUUGCAGGCCACCAACAAGGCUUUACAGUCUGGAGGCACGUCAAAGGAAAAGGACGUGAAUUCCAUGAUAGCUGCGCAAAGAAACAAUUCCUCUAUGAAACAAUAUACCGCCAUAGCCGAGCCAAUUGACCAAUUAUAUGAAAAACUCAAAGCAGCCGAUUACGUUACCCCUAUUCCAGCCGUAACUCCAGAAAAUCCUUCACAAUGGAUCAACCCAAACAAGACUUGCACAUACCAUUCCGGGAUGAAGGGCCAUACCAUCGACGAGUGUCGCUCGUUGAAAAACAAGAUUCAGAACCUGACUGACAACAAGAUCAUUAUAGCAAAGGAGCCCGCUCCUAAUGUCCGCAACAACCCCCUGCCUGACCACAAGGGCAGGAGCAUCCAUAUGAUUGAUAUUGAAGACGAUUGGGACCCCAAAGGGUCAAUCAGGUUGAUAGCUGAAGGUGAUGAACCUCAGAAGUCGGCGGUUGCCCUCAAUCCCAUUGUUGUUCAGAUUCAGCCUUCUAAGGAGGAUGUGGUAAAUGUGUCUGUGCCACUCGAGUUUGAAGCACCGCCUGCAAAGGUGCCAAAACCGAUUGAGGAUUACACAGCUGAGGCUAGAAGGAAAGGGAAGACACAUACCAGAGAAGCGGUCGCCGCACAGGGCAUGACUAGAACAGGCAGGGUAUACACCCCAGAACAUUUAGCCGAGUCCAGCAAGCAAGCCUCUGGACGUCCUGUCAAAACUGGGCCCGAUGACCUUUGGAGAAAGAUACAGGCCAAUGAGUACUCAGUCGUUGAACAACUGAACAAAACACCGGCACAAAUUUCUAUCUUGGCCCUUCUUCAAAGCUCUGAGACACAUAAAAAUGCCUUGAUGAAGAUACUAAGUGAAGCUUAUGUUCCCAGCAACAUAACAGGAGGCGAAAUGGCGAAUAUGGUGGGACAG